GGCGGUGGAGGCCUCAGUGAGGGCAGGCGGAUUUAAUACCCGAACCCGCGGCGGACGGCGAAGACAGAGGUAGCGGCGCAGCCCCGACCAUGGAGGAGGGCAACAGCGCUGGCAGCGGUGGCAGCGACAGCAGCACCAGCGGGAGUGGCGGGGCGCAGCAAAGGGAGCUGGAGCGCAUGGCUGAGGUCCUGGUCACCGGAGAGCAGCUACGGCUCAGGCUGCAUGAAGAAAAGGUUAUUAAAGAUAGGCGACAUCAUCUCAAAACCUACCCAAACUGUUUUGUUGCGAAAGAACUGAUUGACUGGCUGAUUGAACACAAAGAGGCUUCUGACAGAGAGACGGCAAUUAAACUCAUGCAGAAAUUAGCAGACCGGGGCAUUAUCCAUCACGUGUGUGAUGAGCAUAAGGAAUUCAAGGAUGUCAAACUCUUCUAUCGCUUUAGAAAGGAUGAUGGCACCUUCCCACUGGACAACGAAGUGAAGGCCUUCAUGAGAGGACAGAGGCUGUAUGAGAAGCUGAUGAGCCCUGAAAACACACUCCUGCAGCCCAGGGAAGAGGAAGGGGUCAAGUAUGAGCGUACCUUCAUGGCGUCUGAAUUCCUGGAUUGGCUGGUUCAGGAGGGAGAGGCCACCACAAGGAAAGAGGCGGAACAGCUUUGCCACCGGCUUAUGGAGCACAGCAUCAUACAGCACGUGUCCAACAAGCACCCGUUUGUGGACAGCAAUCUUCUCUACCAGUUCAGAAUGAACUUCCGGCGGAGGCGAAGACUGAUGGAGCUGCUCAAUGAAAAAUCCCCCUCCUCCCAGGAAACUCAUGACAGCCCCUUCUGCCUGAGGAAGCAAAGCCAUGACAAUCGGAAAUCUACCAGUUUUAUGUCAGUCAGCCCCAGCAAGGAGGUCAAGAUCGUAUCUGCCAUGCGGAGGAGCAGCAUGAGCAGCUGCGGCGGCAGCGGCUACUUCAGCGGCAGCCCCCCACCCAGCAGCAGCCCCCCCGUGCUCUGCAACCCCAAGUCUGUGUUAAAAAGACCCGUCACUUCUGAGGAACUCCUGACUCCCGGGGCUCCGUAUGCAAGGAAGACAUUCACGAUUGUUGGUGACGCAGUAGGCUGGGGCUUUGUGGUGCGAGGCAGUAAGCCAUGCCACAUCCAGGCCGUGGAUCCCAGUGGCCCAGCAGCCGCUGCAGGAAUGAAGGUCUGUCAGUUCGUCGUCUCUGUAAAUGGGCUUAACGUACUGCACGUUGACUACCGGACGGUGAGCAACCUGAUUCUGACGGGCCCACGGACGAUUGUGAUGGAGGUCAUGGAGGAGUUAGAGUGCUGAGAGGGCAACCCUCCCAGCCCAUCCCAUGGCCUGCGGAGGAUCAAAGACAGAACAACACAAAGCUCUGCAAUGACAAGACUUCUGUAUACCUGGAUGGCUUUGGACAUACAGAUCUUUUCUCCGUACAUACACAUCUUAUGAGUUUCACACACUGUUUCCCUGUUGAAUGUGGAAGAACUGAGUAAUACAUCUUUUUUAAAAAAAAAAAAACAAAAAAACGACUUACGUCAGUGUAGAAAAAGGUUGAGAAACAGAAUUUUUUUUUACAUAGUAGCAUUGCCUCACUCAAUUUCCAUUUGCAGUUCUCAUCCAUUGUUUUAUAUCUUAGUUUGCAGAAAGUUGUUGAAAUGCUUCUCUUGCCAAGACAGCAAUGUGCUAAAAUCCCCUUCAUAGGAGUCAAUAAAGUAGUUUUUACAGACUUGAAGUUGUACUGUCACCAAAUGAGCAUGGAACUGUUUAUUAGAGGAUCUAGAUUUCACCAAAUUU